AUGUCAAUACUUUCUUUUCUUCUUGGGGCCAACAGCUUGGUCUCUGGCGUCUCGCAGCAACUGAGCAAUGGUGCAAGCCAACUGGGCACGCUCAAUGCUCCAAGACUACCAUCCUAUCUCGGCGGCGAUUCGAAUGCCCCAAGCCCAUAUCCCAACAACAGCGGUCAAGAUCCAUACAACAACGCGCCUGACACUGGGGUGGUCAGGAAAUACGAAUGGGAGAUCUCGAGAGGAUGUCUAGCUCCGGAUGGCUUCCUCAAGUGCGGCAUCUUCAUCAACGGCGGCUAUCCAGGACCACUUCUCGAAGCAAACUGGGGAGAUACCUUUCAAGUCACGAUCCACAACAAUAUCACUGGUCCUGAGGAAGGCACUUCACUGCAUUGGCAUGGCCUUAACCAGAAGGGGACUCCCUGGUUUGACGGCGUACCAGGAGCUUCGCAGUGCCCGAUCGCCCCUGGAUCCUCGUUCACCUACACCUUCAAGGCUGAUCAAUAUGGUUCGAGCUGGUAUCACGCCCACUUCAGCGCUCAAUACACGGAUGGCGUCUUUGGUCCGAUUGUCAUCUAUGGACCGAUACACGAACAAUAUGACAUCGACAUUGGGCCAGUGUUGCUGAACGAUUACUACCAUACGCCGUACUACCAGAAUGUGCAAGCCUCGAUCGGGAAGCGCUUUACGCCGAGCUCAGACAACAACUUCAUCAACGGCAAGAUGCCAUUCGACUGCUCACAGGCCGGUGGACAACAAUGCACUCCCAACGCUGGCGUGUCGAAGUUUAGGUUCAGAUCUGGAGCGAAACAUCGACUUCGGCUCAUCAACAGCGGCGCAGAAGGGUUGCAAAAGUUCACGAUCGACGGACACAAGAUAACGAUAAUCGCCAAUGAUUUCGUCGAGGUCAAGCCAUAUCAAGUGGACGUCGUAACUCUGGCAGUAGGCCAACGAGCAGACAUCAUCGUGGAAGGGACAGGGAACCCAGGCGACUCGUUUUGGAUGCGCAGCGAUAUCAGCAAGUUCUGCAGCUUCACCAAUCAGCCGCACGCCCUUGCGGCGAUCUACUACGAAGAUGCGGAUACAUCUUCCACGCCUCAAUCGACUGCCACGCCCUAUCAAGACAACAACUGUGCCAACGAUGCACUGCAACUGACAGAGCCGUUGUUUCAGCGGGCACCGCCUUCUCAGCCUUCCAUCACUACCCAUAUUGAUAUGGAGUUUCAGCCGAAUGCCACUGGUCAGAUGGUGUGGAUGAUGAACAAUCAGUCCUUCAGGGCAGAUUACAACCAACCAAUCCUUCUCCUCGCCAACGCCGGCAACACUUCGUACCCUGAUCAGCCAGAAUGGAAUGUCUACAACUACGGCAACGCGGUAUCAGUCCGCCUCAUCCUCACCAGCAUCGCCCCCCUCCACCACCCAAUGCAUCUCCACGGCCACAACUUCUGGGUCCUCGCCGAAGGAUACGGAGAGUGGGAUGGGACGAUUGUCCGACCUGAGAAUCCGCAAUACCGUGAUACACAUCAGAUGGAGCGAGGGGAUCCGACGAAGGGUCCGGCCGGACAAUCAUACAUCGUGAUCGAGUGGCUGGCGGAUAAUCCUGGCGUAUGGCCGAUGCAUUGCCAUAUUGCGUGGCACUUGAGCAGUGGGAUGUACAUCAACGUGAUGGAACAUCCCGAUGAGAUCCAGAACAAUAUGCAAGUGCCGGACGUCAUGGCGCAGACUUGUCGAGAUUGGUGGCAGUUUAGCGGCAGUAACGUUGUCGAUCAGAUUGAUUCGGGUGUUUGA